CGUCAGCACAGUCACAAUUACUGUAAUGUCUCUCACACGAAAAGUAGACCGCGGAGAAAGACACUUUGGAGACGAUACAUAUUUCUGGGACCACAGGCAUUGCAGAUCUAUGGCUGGACCCAGGCCUGUGGUGCUGAGCGGCCCAUCCGGGGCAGGCAAGAGCACCCUCCUCAAGAGGCUCAUGAAGGAGCACGAGGGCAUCUUCGGUUUCAGCGUGUCGCAUACAACGAGGAACCCUCGUCCUGGGGAAGAGAAUGGCAAAGAUUACCAUUACGUCACGAGGGAAGCCAUGCAGGCCGCAAUCGACCGGGGGGAGUUCAUCGAGAACGCAGAGUUUUCGGGAAACAUGUACGGGACGAGCAAAGCUGCCGUCCAGGCCGUGCAGGCCAGGAACCUCAUCUGCAUCCUGGACAUUGACAUGCAGGGCGUGAAGAACAUCAAGAGGACUGACCUCAACCCCAUCUACGUCUCCAUCCAACCUCCCUCCAUGAACAUCCUGGAAAAUCGUUUGAGGGACAGAAAAACGGAGUCGGAGGACAGCCUUCAGAAGCGUUUGGAAGCGGCUCACGUGGACAUGAAACUGAGCAAGGAGCCCGGUGUUUUUGAUGUUGUUAUCGUCAACGAUAACCUGGAGGAAGCCUAUCUCAAACUUCAGGAUGCCUUACUGGAGGAAAUCCAGCAAGUCAAGAAGAACAACAUGCCCUCUUAAGGUUUGAGAAGCCUGACAGCCUACCCCCACUCACACCGCAUGGUAGACUCCCCAUUCCAGUCCAGAACAUUCCGACAUGUAAACCCCGUACAACAUUGCUCACUCAAACGCAGAUUUUCAAUGCUGUGUUUUAGAUUGCUCAAGAAUACCUUCGCCCUCCUCUUCUUUUGUCUGUCUGGUGUCAGGUUAGAAAAUUGUUGUGACAGAAGGAUCCACGGUGCAUGUUACACAUUCAUUUUCUUAUGUUCACCAGAAAGGAGGGAGUAACAGCACAGGAAAUACUGCCUUGUUUUUGAUUUGCAGCCUAUUGUAAUCUUUAUUAAUCUCUGAUGAAGAGGAACCAGUCUAGCUGGUAAGCAACACUCCCACAGGCCUUGGAAAAAAAAUAAAACAUAAAUAUAUAUAUAUAUAUAAUCAUGGUGGGGUUACAGUUCUAUAAACUUAAAAUUGUCUGAUUAUCUUAAACGUAGGAAGCUAUAGCUCUCCCGCUUGCAUAACUCAAUAUAUCUAAUCAACUCCACUACCCCGCCUCAUAACUUGUGUGUUGCGUGCACAGUAAGGUACCAUUCCACGGUAUCAGUGCCAGAGAAGUGCACAUUUAAGGAUUUCUGGCUGGAAGACUUUUGCUUCAAAUUGUUGAUUUGUAAAGAUGUCAGCAAUGCGCACAUUGCCGGAAAUAAUUUCCGCAAAUAAUCAAUUAAACUGGGUCAAUGGGAGGCAGCAUUUAAAAAUCUUCCUACACAGAUAUGAUGAGGCUUGUUCUUAAGACCAAGGAAACCCCUGUGUAUCUUGGAUGGUUUUAACAUGACAUGCUCCAGCAGUACAAAAUGGCGUUCAGUGUCUAUACAGCAGCAUAUUUUGAUAUCCGGGUUGUGUCAUUAUCAAACACUUGAAGAUGCACAAAAGUUCCACUGCUUUCAGUCACAUGAGUAUCAUGUAAUAUCUGGACAGUGGACACUAAUGGUAUCAGACCUACAGACAUAAAAGUCACUACAUACAAGACUUUCUAAAUGGGAAAUGACAACUAUAUCCAAUUCAUGCUGCAAAACAUGCUGUGUUGAGUCUGUGAAUUUGAGAAAAUGGGUAAUUGAAAUCCACUGAAAAGUCAAUUUGAUGUUUAACAAGGGAACCCUGAGUAAGAGUUGAAAAUGUCAUCAGAGGUGGUUGGUUGAUAAAGGCACUGCUGUUUUCUUAAGUUUUACCACAUCCUGUUCUAUUUAUUACUAUUUGGUUGAUGAAGGAUAACUUUUUGUGGAGAGGAUUUAGUCAGAAUAAUGCUUUAUCAGCUACUGUCAAAACCGGUUCCAUUGUCAAAGCCAGGAACAUACAGAAGGAGAAAGUUAUUGACAAUGUUGAUGCUAACAUCCGGUUACUUUUUAAAAAGGGACUUUUGAGUCUCAUGCAUUUCUGUUGUGUGUACAUAGGGCAGCUAACAAUCACAAAGUCAAGUUUGGUUUACAGCACACUCAAGCUAACCAAUAACAAUGUAGUUCUGGACACAGAUUUGCAUUAUAAAUGACAACUGAUCUCAGGAACUAGCUGCUGUGUACUGCUUAGGGAUCCAUGUUAAUCAGAUGGCCGAAUUACUACCAUCAGCUAGCACUUAACAUUACAAUCCAUUUAAACACUUUAACAAAAAAACAUAUUGCAAACAUAUAUUAAAACACUCAACACUUGGUAUCUUCAUAUUACUAACAGAGAAUUUGGAGGUAUUUGUUUUGGAAUUAUCGUUGAUGAUUUAUCGCUAGGUAAUUUGUGACAAAAAAUAAAACCAAUAUUACCCAAUCUUGAUUCACAAUGUGAACAUCUGACAGCAAGAUUUAUAAUCAUGAUAAAGGUCACCAUUUCUUUAGACCAUAUCUGAACUUGUGAAUGGCGUCAAAAUGCCUCUUCUUUUUCUUGACAGAUUUAUAUUGUACAUUUUGUAAAUCUUUUAUAUUGCAUGUUUUGUUACAUAUAUUUCUUUUACAGUCUGAUCAGUAAUUGAUAAUGAUGCCUCGUAGGCCUCCCUUGUUGUAAGUCAGCAGUGUGUCGGUCCUGUAUCUCAUUGAAGGAUCGUGGAAGUUAAAGGAAUCCCAUUGGAAACAAGCACACAAAUCACCCACUUUACUUGAAACAGGCUAUUUCAAUUCCAAAAAUAUUUAAUGUCCUUGUUGGAAGUUUACACACACAGCAGGAUUUGUCGUCCCAGCUUUUUAUGUCUGUGUAUGUAGUUUGGUAUGUUUAACAAAGUAAAAGCCUUAUUAACAAAGUCAACUGAUGUAUUUGCUCUGAUUUGUAUUGCUUUAACAACAUAAAGGACUAAACAUUGCAUAUGUUCUAAGGUGUCUAGAGAUGCAUGUCAACUGAUGUAUUUGCUCUUCCCCCUAAAUGUAUCUUGUUCCUUGCUCAAAAUGUUUACUUUAACAACAUAAAGGACUGAACAUUGCAUAUGUUCUAAGGUGUCUAGAUAUUCAUGUUUGCUUGGUUCCAAUAUUUAAAAUGUACGCUGCUUUUAGAAACAAGCCAUUGUUGGAUAUGUAAGUCAUAGAAAAGCAAUGUCUGUAUUUUACAAAUGUAAUACAUUUAAAGUGUGUAGCGUCCAAUUUUUUCGAACUAAUGUAUAACUUUCAUUCUAGUGUGUAUUGGAUAAUACAUUAGAGACAUAAAUGGUUUGCAAUUCAAUUUUUAUUCACAUUCAACACUAGCCCACGUACACAAGCAUAAUUCCAUCAGCUGAAUGCGGAGGCAUUUGUGCUUUUAUGUUUAAUUUACACAAAAUGUACCAUGUUAAGCUUUUCAUUCAAAAAAACACUAAAACAUCACAUCUUCGUGAAGGAAAUCAAGUUUAAACACAAUAAAAUUAGUAAAUUAAGUGAGACAGAACUAACUAACCGUUGUGCAAUGCUCAGUAGAACAAGAUACACAACACAGGAAUACAGGAUUUAAUGAGUAUCAUUUCAUCAGUUUUAAAAAGCAAAUAUCAUGCAGUCAC